CCUGCGUACUACGGCUCCUGCCCGUCGCCGCGGCCCGGAUCGGGAAGUGUCAAGUGGGAGCUGGGUUCCCCCGGUCUUCGCCGCUACCGCCACUGACCCCCCUCCCCCGGACUUCCUAUCCAGGAACGGGCCCAGCCGCCAUGACGAACGUGUACUCCUUGGAUGGGAUUCUCGUGUUUGGUUUGCUGUUUGUUUGCACCUGUGCCUACUUCAAGAAAGUACCUCGUCUCAAAACCUGGCUGCUCUCAGAAAAGAAAGGAGUUUGGGGUGUGUUUUACAAAGCUGCUGUAAUUGGAACCAGGCUGCAUGCUGCUGUGGCAAUCGCCUGCGUUGUGAUGGCCUUCUACGUUCUGUUUAUAAAAUGAAUUCUGACGCGUCCGUUUCAUCAACCGCCAGCCAAGAGGACAAAGGUGAAGAGCCUGUCGGGAGCCUGGGCCCAGCAUAGGAAAGCGCAGCUGAAACCAUCAAAGUCCCCGGGGUGACACCAUAGCAUCUGCCCCUACCUUCUGUGGGGAAAGCUCCUCAUGAUUACAAACAUUAUUUAUGCUUCAGGGGACUACGGAAAGCAAACUGCCUUUGACCUGCGUGUAAAUUAGUCCUCAGCAGAGAGCAUAUAAUGUCCAGAUAAAUUACUCUCCUCGGUGAUACGAUUCCAUACCUCCUGCUUAAAAACUGUUACCUAUUUUCUUCUUUAGCCCCUCAUCAGGAUCUUUUCAAACUGAGGCUCAUUAGGGGAGGAUAUAGGCUGUGUUCAAACUUCUUGGAAAGAGAGAUAGUUUUUAAGACUUGACUUUUAUUUUGACUGUUUUUUUGGAUGUAAUAAAUUGCAGGAGGGCUGGGAGGGUGGGGUUGGGAGGCUGAGUGGGAAAUAGGAGUUAAACAAUGCCAAGAAGUUUUUUGGCUUUGGAAAUUUAUCUUUCACAUACCCACCUGGGAACAUAGGAGAGAGGCAUGAUCCUCACUGCAAAAAGAACGGUGAAAAUAGCUGUGCUGUGUGCUGGUAGCUCAAGAGUUUUGCCAAAAGAAUCUGGGCCUGCAUAAGAUUUGGAAAUUAUCUGUCUAUGGUGAGACCUGAAAAGAGUAAUUUAGACAAGAAACAAUGUUCCAUUAACCAAUAUUCCCAAAAGGAAACCUCACCCCUUCAAAUGGUAUAUGGAAACUGUUGCUAUUUUCCUAAAACUUUUAAAAAUUUUUCUAAAUGACUGAGUGCUAAAUACUGUUACUCAGCUUUAAAUGCCACCACUAGGGGAAAGAGAAACUAUUGAAGAAAUAAUUAUUUAAUAUAUUUGCAGUUGGGGUAGAAGAAAUAAAUACAUCUAGUAUAUUAAUUCAUAUACUAGUAAAGUCAUCUAGAAUUUAUUGUGAUGUUAGAUGGAAGUUUUGUCAUGUUACCCAAGAUACAAACUUAUUCUUUGUUUAAAUCUGGGUUGCUAUGGCAAUUUUCAGUCAAUUAUUUGUGUUUUUUGGCUCAUUUUUAAUUUUGUUCAUGUUGCAGUACACUUUAGCUGUCUCUUGGAAAAUCUAAGAACAUGAGAAAUUUUAAUGAGAAAUCGAUGGCACUCGUAUGCCUGUUUGUACAGUGCAUACAAUCCAUGAAUAAAAUGAGAGUGUCUUCUAAAGUAAAGGAAAACCCAGGUUUCCAAUUAAGAUUGAUGGAUGAGCUUUUCCAUGGAGCUUGGGAACUCCUGAGCAAAUAAUUUUAGAUGACUCUUACAUUUGAAGGGAAGACUUCUCCAUUCCCUCCUUCUUAUAUCUACAAAAGGAUUAACUGUUGCAUUUAUGAAGCCUAGAAUUUCUCUUUUAAAAAAAUUGGUCUAAAGUUAAAUUGAAGUAAAACUUCACUAUGGACAAGUUGGCUGUGGUUGAUCCCUUUGUGGCAGUAAAUUGUCUUUUGUCUUAUUCCAAAAGAACAAAAGCUGCUAUGAAGUUUAGAUUCUGAAACACUCAGUUUAGUGCUUUGAGGGUUCCUAGAAGUAUGGAAGGUCAUCAAGUAAACACUACAUGUCUAAUCAUCUCAGUGUUGUGGCUGUUAUCUCCAGGAAUUGGUCUACAGGGUAAAUUUCAAUGAUUCCUGUAUUUUCAUUGUCAUUUCUAAGGCUUUUUCGCACAAGAGAAAGGAAAGCUAGUGGAACAGAAAGAAGAGUUACACCUUGUGGGUGUCAAUUUGGAACCUGUUGGCCAAUAGGAAUGUCACUCCCUGGAAAUACAGGUUCAGCAUGUUUUGCGCUUGUUAUUUUGUAGCUUUAAUGACUUUUUGUUUCCUAAUAGGGCUAAUGUUUCUAAGCUUGAUGCUUAGAGCUUCUUCAUAUUUUAAACUAGUUCCAUUUCACAGUUCAAAUCAAUUUUUACAGCCUCCUGGGUGGGUCAUCUUGACCUAAACUCUUGAAUUGUUAUAUUUUGAGAUGUUUUCAUACCAGAAUAUACCAAAAAGUGCACAGAGUGAAGGUAAUUUACAGCAAGAAACAAACACAGAGCUUGUUUCAUUUCUUUAUAUAAGCAGAUAAGCAGAAACUUGUUUUAUUCAUUACUUUGAUUGAUGUAUCAUAAAUUUUUGACUGAAAAUUGUAGGAAGUUGUUCCUGUAAGAGAGUCUUUUAAGGGUGGAAGAAUGGGGAUAGCAGUAUUGCCUGAGAUUCAAACUGGCAUCACCAUAAAUGUUGUAUGCCAGGGUGGAAUGAAGUCAGCUUUUUAUAGUUGAAAUAAAAUUUUUUAUUCAUCAUUGUCUGCACAAUCCUUGAAAAUAAAAUUUCUUUCCCUAC